GGCUAUUUAAGAGAAGAAAGAAAUGUGUUUGACGUGUCUCCUCCUCCCUCCUGCUGAGGGUCACUCUGUUUGUUCAGGGGUUUAAUAUUUAGCUCACACACUCACCUUUCUUUUUGUUCAGCGGACAACUACGCUCGCUUUCAGAUCUGUCAACACCGACAGAUUUAACUGAGCAGCUGAUGAAGACAACGUUGGUACAGUAGCUGUCAGAGGGACAGAGUCUGUCUCUUUGUCUGUUGUAUGAGCACUUAAAGGAUUCAACCUCAGCAGCUUUUCUUCUUUAGUGACUGGAUAGGCGACUGAGGAGAGAUGGGACCUCGAACAGCAGUGGCUCAUUCGAAGGAGGUGAAGUCGGCCGCAGGAGGCCGACUGAGGAGCUGCAGCGACGGCAGCAGAUACAGCAGGAGAGACAACUCCUCCUCCUCGCCCAUGCUGUCCAACCCAAAAUCAGUCUUGAAGAGACCGGUGAGCACCGAGGAGCUGCAGCGACCCGGAGGACCCUACAUCAGGAAGACAUUUACAAUCGUGGGCGAUGCAGUCGGUUGGGGGUUCGUGGUGAGGGGGAACCGGCCGUGUCACAUCCAGGCUGUGGAGCCCUGUGGCCCGGCUGCUGCGGCUGGGAUGAAGGUCUGUCAGUUUGUGGUUUCGGUCAACGGACUCAAUGUUCUGAAUCUGGACUACCGGACCGUCAGCCACCUGAUCCUGACGGGACCCAGAACGGUGGUGAUGGAGGUGAUGGAGGAGACGGAGCACUGAGCGAUGAAAACAACCACUGAUGGAAGGACAGUAGAGAUUUUAUGAAAACAGUUACUAACACGUGUUUCCUGUGUGAGGUUCUCUUCAAACGACUGUAAGAACACAGUAAAGGAAGAAGAGAGAACCUCGUUAGGAACGUUCUGUCUUUAAAUUAUCAUCCAGCGGAUGGAGAGCGUUUGAUUUCAGAUUGGCUGAAGAUAAAACUUUAAGACUCUGAGAAGCCCAGAGAAGGUUUGGACUUGAAUACAACAGAGUCAGACAUGAUGGAUCUGUCUCUGCUGUCGUCACACAAUAGAGUUGUUACAGACAAAGUGGCUGUUGAGUCUCAAAGUCAGAGUUGUAGUCUGAGAGCGGUGUCCUGGAUUUCAUGUUUCCAAGCCCAUUCGAAAUAUCCAAACCAGGCAGCACAAAUAUGCUUUUCACUUGUGUGCCUCUUAAAACAUCAGCAUCACCAUCUUUCCCAGCUGCAGCCGUGGAAAUGAGAGCAGAAUGAUAAGAUGACACGAUUACUGGUGGAUCAUGAAAUAUAUUUGAUCUAAAGGUUCAACUUUGGGGGGUUUCUACAUGCUGAUUUCAGGCGGGGUGAGAGAGGAUGCCAAAGAAACAGACAGUCCUCAGCAAUCUGAUGAAAAGUAGAUGCUCAGGACCAAAACAAACACUGUGUUGUGUGAGCCGUGGUGGUUUGUUCCAGCUCGUCUCACCUGAUAUCACCUGUCCGUCCAACUGUGGAUGUCUCACUGAUGUUUUUGUCUUUUAUUUAUUCCAAAAAAACUAGAUUUUAAAUUUAGUGAAUAAUUCUGAGUAAAGAUCCGACGUGCACCAAAUGUUUCCGACGGAAAAAUGUACAUAUAUUUAUAAGACAGAGCUCGUGUUGAGGUGUUGUUGAGACACACCUGUGUUGUGUUGUCAUGGAGACGGAACCUGGAAGUCAUCCUGUUGUUGACAUCGCUCCGACAGUUGGUGUUUCCCUCGUUGGGAUGGUUUUGGACUUUUAACCCCUGUGUACCACCUCACUGCCUCCCUCACACACACACACAGAAACACAUUACCUGCAUGUAUCACACACACACACACACACACACACACACACGUGCCUCUCGCUCGGCUGUGUUUACUUUUCCAUCCACUCCCGGCGGCGUCUGAUUCCCAGAAAAGGAAGUGAGGAGUGUGAAGACUGUGGAGGGAGAUCAACAACUUCAGCUCAAGUACUUUGUUUUGAAGUCGCUCUUAACUUUUUUUUUUUUUUUAUACCUUUGUACAUUACCUGUUAUCACUACAUGUCUGUGUGAGUUUGUUGGAGUUUUCUGUGCUCAUGUGUCCAGAUUAAAAAGCAUGAAGUUCCUGUUUUACUCCCUGCUCAGUGAUUCUGCAGCGAGUCUCUCGGCUCCUCCUGCAGCUCUGAUGGUAGUUUCCAUGGAGGCGGUUUAUGGUUGGUGCUGUUUCAUUAACAGGUUAAACAUCCUCAUUACACACAUGUCUCCCCUGUGCAAUGGAGAAUAGGAUGCAUUGAGCUUUUACUGCUUGUUUUACGUUAUUACUGUCAUUUCUUCACCUGUAAAUGUUUGAAUUUGUUUGUGAAAUCUCUUCAUGCUGCAGUCCUCGUG